GUAACUCUUUUGCGGACUCUCGCUUUCGUUCGGUUAAUGUCCAAAGUAAAAGAGAGUAGUAAAUCAACUAUAGUCAUUAUCUCUAUUCUUGUCUAUAUCUUGUGGAUGAUGAAAAUUUUCAUUUCUUAUUGUAUACAUUAUAGUAUACUCUGUUUAUACUCCAUGGUAUUAAUUUAAGAAUUCUAACCUAUGAAAAAUAUUUGAUGAAUUAUUUUUACUAUUUUAGUGAACAUAUUUAAAAAAUUGCCAUUGGAGUAAUAAAUAUUGAACUUUUAAUCACAUUAACAAUCUCUUAAGCAACGAAAGUAAUAAUGCAACUGCAGAACCCCAAUCCUACGAUCCGUAACAAAAUAUGCCACUGCUGCACAAUCACGCGUCAUUAGCAAAAAAAAAAAAAAAUAUUAUAUAAUUACGAUACAAGGUUUUAUAAUUUUGCUGCUGGACUCACAAAACAAGGAGAUAGGAAGACCGGAAAAAACAUCCGUAUAUACAAAUAUGAAUAUAUGAAAAACGAAGAAAUGAAUAAAGUGAAUGGAGACUUUGAUGCUUUACAUACGCUACACUACUAGUUAACUCAACCAUGGCCCUGAAAUUAACUUACAUUAAUAAAUAAUUCAACUCGGACGAUUCUGUGGUCAUUGCCAACUCAACCGCAGGUAUAUAUUUGGCCCAUCGCCCAAAUGUAGUCAGUUUUUGGUUAGAUCUUCAUUGAAAACACACACCUUUGUCUGAUUGGAACUUUUUAAUUUUUAUUUUAUUCCAUCAAAUAAUUAUCCAUUAUGAAGUUACUACUAAUUUGUUUCUUUUGUCUUUUCAACACUAUUAGCUAUGCUAAAGUCCCUUCAUACAUAAAAGUGUGUGGACGAAGGAAUCCUGAGUUAGACACGUGCAUCAAAAAUAGUGUUGAAUCACUACGUCAAGUACUUCGUACUGGAAUUCCUGAACUUCAAGUACCUUCUCUUGAUUACCUAGAAUUGGAUGAAGGAUUACCAUUAGCUGACACUAAAGAGCUAAAAGCUCAUGCCAAGGAUGUCAAGCUCCACAAUUUAACUCUGUUUCAAAUAAAUCAACUCCAUAUUAAUUUAGAAUCAAAGUCAAUUGAAUUAGAUCUCUUUUUGAAACAUUUGAAAUUAAAUGGUGACUAUGAUGUCACAGCAAGGAUUAUAGUUCCAGUAUCAGGCAAAGGACCAAUUGAAAUUGAUGUGGAAAACGUAAAUGUCAAAACGACUCUUCGCUAUCGUCUUAUCAACACAAAAAAGGGAAAACAGCUAUUCUUUACCUCAAUGACUUGCAAAUUAUCCAUUGAAACAUAUCAUUCGAAUUUCAUCGCACGUGAAGGACCGGAUGCAACUUUUUCAGAAGCUAUUAAUUCUGUUCUGAACAGCAGUCAACAAGAAAUCAUUGAUGGAAUUAUUCCUAGUCUUGAAAAAUCAGUAUCAAACAAAGUUCUUGAACUUGCUAACAAAAUAUGUAAACACUUCACGUAUGAUGAACUUUUCCCUGAUCAUGAAUAAAAUAUUUAACAUAUUCAAAGAGUUUAGAAUAAACUAUGAUAUUUUAUUUAAUCAAUUUUUUAAGAAUCAAAUGUGAUCUUAUUAUAAUCAAUAAUUAAUGUCAUUGUAGAAUUUGUUGUUAGUAGAGUUCAAGUGUAUUCUAAGUUUUUUAUGUUUACUUUAAUUGUUAUUUAUAAUCGUUAUUUUAAGUGAAAUUUUUUCAAUAAAUGAAAAGAGUUAUUUCAUAAAAUA